UCGCUUCUUUGCUGAUGUCCUCCUGAGAGGUGGCAGCACGAUCCGGAAGGUGAAAGUCCCACGACGAAGGGGGAAGGAGUGGUGGUGCACAUAUAGAGGGGCGGAGAGGGCGCGGCUUGUCCAGACGUUCUCUGUCCUGACGACGACGACGAUGUCGCCGAAGUUGAUAUUUCUGCUGGGAUCCCUGUGUCUACUCGCCGGGACGCAGGUCAGAGCGCAAGAUGAUGAAGGCGGCGACGGACUUGACGCGAACGCCGAGGAACUUUGUCAGGACAGGCCGGGCGACGAAUACUUUCGCUUGAGCGUUGAAGGAGACUGUCGUGAUGUCGUGAGGUGCGACAAAGCCACCGAGAUCGGGGUGACCAGGCUGGCGACGGUGCGGUGCCCCACGGGUCUCGCGUUCGACAUCGAGCGGCAGACCUGCGACUGGAAGACGAACGUGAAGAACUGCGAUCAGCUCGAGAAGCCGCGUAAGGUCUUGCCCAUCCUCAAGACCGACGAACCCAUUUGCCCGGAGGGGAAAUUGUCGUGCGGUAACGGCGAAUGCGUCGACAAGGAACUCUUCUGUAAUGGCAAGCCCGACUGCAAGGACGAGUCCGACGAGAACGCCUGCACCGUGGAGACCGAUCCCAAUCGCGCACCGGAUUGCGAUCCCACGCAAUGCGUCCUGCCCGAUUGCUACUGUUCGGCCGAUGGCACCCGUAUACCCGGCAACAUCGAUCCCCAGCAAGUGCCGCAGAUGAUCACGAUCACUUUCAACGGCGCCGUGAACGUGGACAAUAUCGAUCUCUACGAGGAGAUCUUCAACGGGCAACGACAGAACCCGAACGGCUGCCAGAUUCGCGGUACAUUCUUCGUUUCUCAUAAGUACACCAACUAUUCGGCGGUGCAGGAUCUUCAUCGACGCGGUCACGAGAUCUCGGUGUUCUCGUUAACGCACAAGGAGGACCCGCAAUAUUGGAGCCAGGGUACAUACGACGACUGGCUGGCGGAGAUGGCCGGCGCCAGGCUGAUUAUCGAGCGUUUCGCCAAUAUCACCGAUGGCUCCAUCAUCGGCGUGCGAGCGCCCUACCUCAGGGUCGGCGGUAACAAGCAGUUCGAGAUGAUGGCCGAUCAGUUCUUCGUGUACGACGCCUCCAUCACCGCGUCUCUGGGACGCGUGCCAAUUUGGCCGUACACAUUGUACUUCAGGAUGCCGCACAAGUGCAACGGCAACGGCGGUAAUUGCCCGUCGAGGUCGCAUCCAGUCUGGGAGAUGGUGAUGAACGAGCUUGACCGCAGGGACGACCCCACUUUCGACGAGUCCCUGCCGGGAUGUCACAUGGUCGACUCCUGCUCCAACAUCCAGACCGGCGAGCAAUUCGCUCGUCUGCUCCGACACAACUUCAACAGGCAUUUCAACACCAACCGAGCGCCACUCGGUCUUCACUUCCACGCGUCCUGGCUGAAGAGCAAGAAGGAGUAUAAGGAUGAACUGAUCAAGUUUAUUGAGGAGAUGAUCGCCAGGAGCGACGUGUACUUCGUUACUAUGGUUCAGGUGAUUAAGUGGAUGCAGCAGCCCACUGAGCUGUCCGCGCUUAGAGAUUUCCAGGACUGGAAGGAGACCUGUGACGAAAAGGGUCUACCUUACUGCUCGUUGCCCAACGCCUGCCCUCUGACGACCAGAGAGCUGCCCGGCGAGACCCUGCGUCUCUUCACCUGCAUGGAGUGCCCCAACAACUAUCCGUGGCUGCUGGAUCCGACCGGCGACGGCUUCUCCGCGAGAAAGUGAUCUUAUCAUCCGCGAGACGAGCAACGCGCCGACGCGUCGACCGGCCGUGCGAUCCGGUUAUCAAAGAUCGAUCGUUUUUCCGGCAAGUCCAAAAAUCCACGUCGGAUAAAAAUGUGGUAAUCGACCACGGCGCGAAACGAGGGCGCAGCUCUGAAAGACAUGGAGAAAGCAAUCGGGCGACGGACGCGUUGAGGCGCGAGAUUUCGGCGUGGAGAUCCCGGAAUCGUUUUAUCACACAAUUAAAAAGCGGUCACACGCUUGAAGAUCGAGCCGCAAUACUAAUGUUAAAGUGGAGCAAAGCGCGUCUCUGCUUUCGCGAGGGAAAACGCACCACGCCCGGUUUCUCUUCCGCGCCUAUAACUAUUAUUAUUAUUUAUGUAAAUUAGAAUCGGUAAAAUCGCACAUCGCCGCAUGCGGUCGCGAGGAUGGUCGCGUAUCGAUUUCUCGUAGGAAAUGCCAUCGCGUACGAUCGCCGACGAAAACUCGCGGGAAAAAGCUCUUCUCUUUUCUAUCCGUGUGACGAGAGCGGUGAGCUACAGUCUUAAGAUGCGACUCUUGAAAAUCGAUGCUCGACGAGAACGAGACAAUCCCGCAGACAUCCUACUUGUACAUACCACCGGAUCCUUGCCCCCUCCCCCUUCAAUUCUCGUUCUUGUUGUUUUCUGGAGAGUUAUAUACGAUAACAGAACCUCGCGACCGGUGAAGCGAAAGACGAAAAACUAAAUGUACCAUCCCGUGCCUCUCUAAACAUGUACUCCUUAGAAUUUAAGCAACGCGCGACAUUCUAUAAGUACAUAAUUUUUAGUCCUUAUAAUUUCUCCGAAUAAAAACUGUACGUACAAAAAUAA